AUGAACGUCCCUCUCAAGACUAGUAUCAACACUCGGCUUCCAUUGUCUUUACGUCUGCCGCGAACAUCGAAUAGCCAAGCCGAACAACACACCGGCUUUUCUUCUAUUCACCAAACAAAUGAGUCCAUUUAUGAUGUUGAUUACAGUCUAAUUCCACUUAACCUUAAGCCUGAGAAAAACACUGAAGUCAAUAGCCCUACAGACUCCGGUUUUGUUCGGGAAGGAAAGAGCUCAGAUGAAAUAAUUUUAGAAUCUGAGGAGGAUGUAGUCCCAUCUCAGCUGCCUUACAAGGUUGUUUCAAGCCCAUCGUCUAGAUGGGAGUCAGAAGCGCACUCCGCGGCACGUUCUAUCGAGCCCGGUCGACAGACAGAUUUUUACAGCAUUGUACGCAAGAUCGAGCGUAAACAUGACGAUGCGCGAGUGUAUGGACCGAAUGUAACCCAACGUGCGGAGCAAAUUCGCAUGACGCGCUCUCAGGAUCCGUCUUUGGGGCCAUCUGCCCCUGAGUAUGUUCAACUGGCGUCCACCCAAGUUCGAAGUGAAAUUCCUCAAAAGCGGCUGCUUAAGAACUAUUUAGAUAUUGUUGAGUGUUCUCAUCUUAAUCCUAGAACAGAGUAUCAGGUCGGCUUCGACGUUUUGCCAAAGUCUCGCCUUCCAUCGCUUGAUUUUUCCCAACCGUUUCAAUCCUCAAACGAAAUUAGAACCAAAAUGAAAGGCUCACUCAACCUAUUCAACGAUACUCCGAACUGUAUUCAACGCGGAAUAGUCGGCCACACUCGUCACAUUUCAAAUACAGGUCAAAACUUUUGCACGAUGCACAAUGACAAGGAUCCACGCGCAGCUUUCGCAAAAGCGUACAUGACGCUUGCAGUGGCUGGUGGUGGAGUAGAUUCUAGUGUGAAUCGGCAAGGCGCUGCUCUCUUCCGGAGACGUGGAAGGCAUUCUCGGGGAUCUGUUGCCCUAAAACCUAGAAGUGAUGAAAAUAUUUGUCGAACGGUUGAAGGUUCUAUGCUUCAGCAAACUAUACAUCGUUCUCUUGACAGCGAACGUAUGAUGAAUACUCGAGAAGAUUAUAGACGAAAAUCUGAAUUCUAA